AUGGCCUUCCGUUCAAUCUCUGCCUCGCUCUUGUACUUUUCGGUCUCGGCAUCGGGCUUGAGUUUCAAUGUGCCUGCGUCUCCACCCUCCAACUCAAGUGGUCAGCUCUCCGCCGCCCCAGUCGGCGUCUCUUUGGAAUUCUUCACCUUUCCGGAGUACAUCCAGGAUCUUCCAUCAACAACCACAUGUCUGCAGAAUCUGAAAGACCUGACGGGCACGUGGCCUUCAGUCAGAAUUGGAGGCACAACACAGUACCGCAUCACUCCUUUUCCCGACAAGGCUCACACUAACCUCGACAGGGAUCGCGCAACGUAUGAUGCAUCGUCUAGUGAAGCUGUCACGUACACAGUGGCGAGCACGAAAGACGCUCCUACAACUUUGACUUACGGUCCUUCAUUCAUUUCUUUGGCUGCAACAUACGCAGGAAAGGUAAUUCUGGGACUCAAUCGUCGCUUGGACAAUAUUUCGAAUACGAUUGCAGCUGCGCUGCUCGCACAAAAGAAUAUGGACAACCUGUACUCCAUCGAGCUUGGAAAUGAACCCAACUUCUUCGUCGACAGUGAUCCCAUCGCCCAAGGCUCAUCUUGGACAGCUGCGGCCGACGAAGCAUCCCAGAUCGCAUGGCAGGAUGCUGUGUGCGGAAAUCUCUCUGCAUCUGAUAUCAUUUCUGCGGGUGUCUACUUCGGCACCUCGCCGAUGAGUCUUGCUUCGUUGACUGCCAAAGAGGGCAAUUCCAAUGCUUAUGUCAAGGACUAUUGCUCCCACAACUACCCACAGUCUUCCGGCAGCUAUAACCUGACGGCACUCAUGAAUCACAAGGACAUUGCGACUCAGGUCAAGCCGUAUGCCGCUGAGAUCUCCGCUGCGGCCGCGAAGGGAAAGCCACAUGUCUUCGGGGAGACUAACUCAGCAACCCAAGGUGGAGGUGGCAUCAGCCCAACCUUUGGUGCUGCCCUCUGGAUUCUGGACUAUGUGGUGCAGACUGUCAUUCUGGGAACAAAUGCCCUUUACUUCCACCAAGGCACCAUUGGCAACUGUCAAUAUUGCUGGUGGGGCCGAUACAACAUGGGCUCACCAUACUACGGUGCCUAUUUCGCAACUAUGGCGCUGGCGAAUGCUGACCAGAUCGCGCCCCUGGAUAGCCAGGAUUCUGCCUACGCAGCCUACGCCAUUUACAAGUCCGGCGCCCCUGUCAAGGUCCUUCUCUACAACUCCGACUACUAUGUAACUGGCACCCGCUCGUCGCAGACCUAUUCACUUUCCGGUCUCACUGGCUCCCGCGUCACUGCCAAGCGUCUGACAGCCCCCUACGCCACAUCCCGGGUUGACCAAGGUGGGGAUCCCACCGUUGCAGGUCGAACUUUCGCCAAUGGCACCUGUGUGAUCCAAGGUAAGGAGGUUGUGGAAACGACGACUGUUUCCGCUGGAAAGGCGACCUUCACUGUGGCAGCUUCGGAGGCCCUCCUGGUGUUUUUGUGA